CGAAGCGGAAGUGAAGGGGUGUCAUGGCAACCGCGGGCGCGUCGCGGCGCUCGGGAGUCCCGCGGAGCCGGAGCCCCUGAGCGCUCCCCGGGGCUGUGGGAGCCUGUCGGUGCGGGCCGGGGUCGCUGUGGGAGACCGGGAUCGCUGUGGGAGCCUCUCGGUGCGGGCCGGGAUCGCUGUGGGAGCCUCGCGGUGCGGGCCGGGGUCGCUGUGGGAGCCUCUCGAUUCCUGUUCGUCGAGGACGAGUCGGGAGAGGAGCUGGAAACCCGAGUGGUGAUUUUUGGUGAAGUCACACGUCACUAUGAAGGCCCUGUAUGGUCAGCAGAAUUCUCCUGGAGAGGAAAUGACAUUUGUGCUCCAGGAAAGAGAGAACCUUCCUGCCUGCAGAGACCACGAUGUGAAGGUGCAGGUCAGAGCCUGUGCUCUGAGCUGGGUGGAUACAAAGCUCCUGUCAGAAAUCAAACUGAAGAAGGAACUUGUGCCUGUUGGGCGAGAAAUUUCGGGAGUUGUGCUGGAAGUUGGAAGCAAGGUGACCUUUUUCCAGCCAGAUGAUGAAGUGGUGGGAAUUCUGCCCCUGGAUUCUGAGGAGUCUGGUGUCUGUGAAAUUAUCCUGGUGCACGAGCAUUAUUUGGUUCACAAGCCAGAGAAGGUCUGUUGGGCAGAGGCUGCCGGGACGGUCCGGGACGGGCUCCGUGCGUACACGGCCCUGCACUACCUGGCCCAGGUGUCCCCUGGCACAAGUGUCCUCGUCCUGGAUGGAGCAAGUCCGUUUGGCACCAUCGCAAUUCAGUUGGCCCAACACAGAGGGGCCAAAGUCAUCUCCACUGCCCACAGCCUGGAGGACAAGCAGUACCUGGAGAGGCUCAGACCUGCUGGGGGAGUCCGGCAGCCUUUGGUGGCACGAGUGAUCGACGUGUCCCACGGCAAGAUUGACGUGGCCGAGAGCUGCCUGGAGGAGACGGGCGGGCUGGGCGUGGACAUCGUCCUGGAUGCCGGAGUGAGGUUGUACAGUGCUGAAGAUGAACCAGCUUCCAAAUCCCAGCUGCUGCCUCACAAGCACGACAUCAUCACUCUGCUUGGGGUCGGGGGACGCUGGAUAACGACAGAAAGGAACCUGCAGCUGGAUCCUCCAGACAGCCAUUCCUUGUUCCUUAAGGGAGCCACAGUGUCCUUCCUGAACGAUGAGAUCUGGAACUUGUCCAAUGUGCAGCAGGGGAAGUAUCUCACCAUCCUGGAAGAUAUCAUGGAGAAAUUAUCAAAUAGCAUUUUCAGGCCUCAGCUGGAUGAACCGAUCCCAUUGUAUGAAGCCAAAGUUUCUAUGGAAAUAGUUCAGAAGAAUCAAGCAAGAAAGAGACAAGUCAUCCAGUUCUGACACACAGCUUCUGAUUUCUCAGCCUGGGGAAGAUAAAGAAAUGUAAUUGUGGACUAAAUCAGUGUACACUUGCAGGCAGCAAACAGAAUUUAAACAUUCUUUGUACCUCA